UUGUCCUUCCCAAAGCUUGGACAGAUGGAGGAGGAGGCUGCGAGGAAGAGGAAGCUGCUGUGGGCCCCCCAGGCAGGCCCCGAGCUGAGGACGGAGAGCACGGAGGACAAAUCCCCCCGGCAGAGCCUGGUGGGAGAGGCCGUUUUGAAGGGCUCCCCGGUGCAGGAAGGCAGCGGGGAGGAAAAGGCCCGGAGAUGCCCCCGGAGGAGGGGCUGCAAAGCCAGCCCAGGGAGCUGUGAGGAGGAAAGACCCGUCCUGUGCCGGGAAGGCGGCCGGAGCUUGAGCCAGAGCUCUGAGCUGGUGGUCCCUGAGCAGCCUCCCAGCAGGGAGAAGCCCUUCAGGUGCUUGGAAUGUGGGAAGAGCUUCGGGAAGAGCUCCGACCUCCUCAGGCACCAGCACAUCCACACUGGGGCACGGCCCUACACGUGUAGGGAAUGUGGGAAGAGCUUCAGUCAGAGCUCCGCCCUCCACAGGCACCGACUCAUCCACACUGGGGAGAGGCCCUACAAGUGUUUGGAAUGUGGGAAGAGGUUUCAGACCAACUCCAAUCUCGUCCACCACCAGCGGACACACACAGAUGAGAGGCCCUUCCGCUGCACCGACUGCGGGAAGGGCUUCAACCGGAAUGGCAACCUCGUCACCCACCG